UUUUCUCAACGCACUUGACAGAAUAACUGCUCAUACAUAUGUGCCAACAACUCAAGAUAUUCUAAUGCUUAGAAUUACUACUACUGGCAUUAUUGAGGUAAAGUUCGAAAUCAAAGGUGUCAAUUUUCGCGUUUUUGAUGUUGGCGGGCAAAGAAGUGAAAGGAAAAAGUGGAUUCAUUGUUUUGACGACGUUCAUGCCAUAAUAUUCGUAGUUGCAUUAAGUGAAUAUGAUCAAGUGCUGUUUGAGGAUACAAGAACGAAUCGAAUGAUUGAAUCCCUGCGUUUGUUUCGUUCAGUCUGUAAUUCAAGAUGGUUCUACAAUACAGCAAUGAUUCUUUUCCUUAACAAAAAAGAUAUAUUCGAAGAAAAAAUUAAAACAACUUCAAUUCAAUGCCUAUUCAAAAAUUAUAUGGGUAAAUUAUUCUUGUUUAUAGAAAGCUUGAUAAACGAUCAGUUAUUGAUGGGAUGGCUAGCGGUUAAAAAGCUCGAAUCAGAGAGCCAUAUAAGAAUCCUCCCAGCACUAACAAUUAAGCGAAAAUGA